AAGAGAAGGCAAAACAGAGGAAGAAGACGGGAGGUGAAUGUCAUUGGAAGUAAAAUCUAUUUAACUUCAACUAGCGCAGAAUACGAGGUUUGCCGGUGCGGCCAGCAGCUCCGGGGGACUCUGCAGACGCCAAUCGGCCCUUAAUCACGGCUGCAGGUUCAGUCAUGGCCGGUCUGUCCACCUACGCCAUGCGCAUGGCCAGGCUGAGCUCGCGGAUCUUUGGAGAAGUUGCUCGUCCGACAGAUGCCAAGUCCAUGAAGGUGGUCCAGCUGUUCAAGGAGCCUCCCCUGGCCCAGAGGAAGGAGGUGUACGACUGGUACCCGCAGCACAAGAUCUACUACGCCAUGACCCAGAAGCUCCGCUUCAUGGGACUCUUCAGAGAUGAGCACGAAGACUUCAAGGAGGAGAUGCGUCGGCUGAGGAAGCUGCGAGGGAAGGGGAAGCCCAAGAAGGGAGAAGGGAAGAGGGCGGCCAAGAAGAAGUGAAGCACCGUUGCUGCUGCUGCUGCUGCUGGAACUCAGGACUCUGGUCUCUCCGUGGGGGG